AUGAGACCACCACGUGGCGGCGGAAGCUUCAGGGGAAGAGGAGGAAGAGAUAGCGGCGGGCGCUUUGGUGGAGGCAAUCGUGGUGGUGGCCGCUUUGGUGGUGGUGGUGGUGGCUGGCGUGACGAAGGACCUCCCAGCGAAGUCGUUGAAGUUGCAACCUUUCUCCGUGCUUGUGAGGGUGAUGCUGUGACAAAGCUUUGCCAAGAGAAAAUCCCUCACUUUAAUGCUCCAAUUUACCUAGAGAACAAGAUCCAGAUUGGGAAAGUAGAUGAGAUCUUUGGUGCCAUUAAUGAAUCUCUGUUUUCUAUCAAAAUGAAGGAAGGUAUUGUAGCCACCUCAUAUGCUGAAGGGGAUAAGUUUUACAUCGACCCUCUUAAGCUAAUGCCUCUUGCAAGAUUCCUUCCUCAACCAAAGGGACAAUCUGUGGGAGGUCGUGGUGGGAGAGGAGGUAGAGGUCCUCCUGGUCGUGGGAGAGGGAGAGGCCCUCCACGUGGAGGAUUCUCUAGAGGUAGAGGUCCUCCUAGGGGCCGUGGAGGAUUCUCCAGAGGCCGAGGGAGAGCAUUCUAA